AUGUUAGAAUUUGUAUAUAAAGCAUGGCACGCAGGACAUGAUGAGAGCAGUGGCAAUGAUAUCCGGGAAACUUUCGUCAAAUCUGUGAAGUCGGGAGAUUGGGAUAAUGCCAUCAAGUUACUUCGCAAACAUCCCGAGCUCGGAAGUGCAAGAAUUUCAGAUGACAAAAUUCAAGGUGGCGGUACCGCUUUUCACUACGCCCUCUGGAAUUUCAGAAGUAGGGUGCGCAUCAUAAAACAGCUGGUGGAUUCAAUGACAAAGGAAGACUUGGAAAUACAAGACAAUCUUGGUUUGACAGCUCUUUUUCUUUUAAUAAUAUUUUGUCAAGAUAGGGUGGACGUAGCUAAAAGCAUGGUUGAAAAGAACGACAAGUUACUUAGUAUUUUACCUGCCAAUACCAUCGGCAACAGGACGACUCCUCUAGUUGUCGAGGCUCAGAGGUUGUCAAAUGGGGAAAGAAUGGCUCGUUAUCUGUAUUCGGUCACUCCACACGACACUCUACACGAGGUGGAGAGUGUUGCAGAUCGCAAUGAUCGUGAAUCUAUAAAUAAAGAUCAUAUGACACCCCGUGAAGUAUUUACCAAGAGCCAUAAAGAAUUGGGGAAAGAGGCAGAAGAAUCAAUGAAAAACACAUCAACUUCUUGUGCAGUUGUAGGUGCUCUCAUUGUUACCAUGAUGUUUGCCGCAGCAUUCACAGUUCCUGGAGGAAAUAAUGGAGAUACAGGUCUUCUUACAUUCUUAAGUCAAAAGGUGGAACAAUCCGAGGAUGACGACAUGGUGUCGCCGUCGCAGUCUUCGGAAAAAAUUUCAGGCGAGCAGGAGAAGCAGAGAGAUUGA